AUGACACAUAACAAUAGGAAAACUAUAAACGAACAUUCUUCGAGUGAAGAAGAAACUCCUGAAAGAGGGAGAAGUAAAACUUAUGAGAAAUAUGAAGAUGAACAAGAUUUACGAAAUCAAUUAAAGGAUUUAACGGAACAACUUCGAAAAGCACAAAAUAAAACAAAAUUCUUAGCAAUAAAAAAAGAAAUAAAAUUUUAA